AUGUGGAAUCAGGGUAAGUCCGCGUUCAACAUGAACGUGGACACGGACGACGCCCGUCGUCGAGCGGAGAGGGUGAUGGAGACCGCGGCGCGGUCCGGCGCCGCCCUUCCCCUGCACAGCACUUGGGUCCGAAAGAUCGACGAUUCGGACCCGAAGAGCCGGUGGAUAGUGGAGGGGUCCAAGCCGGAUGCGACCGCGAACGACCCGCUCGCGGCGCACCUGGACCUGGAGGCCGCGGUGGGCCGCCCGCCCUCGGCGAUGGGGCUGGCGGACGGGGACUCAGACUCGAGCAGCAAUUACGACGACUCCAGCGACUCGGAAUCCCGGGGCAAAAAGUCGUCGAGGAAGCGGAAGGAACGGGACGGCUCCAGCGACAGCGACCGGAAGGGAUCGAAGAAACGGAAGAAGGAGGGCAAGAGAAAGAAGCGGAAGAAAGAGAAGAAGUCGCGAAGGGACGGGAAGAGGAGCAAGAAGAGCAAGAAGAGCAGGCGGUCGUCGUCGUCGUCGUCGAGCGACGGUGAAGCAUCCGGCGACUCCGACGGCGGCGACCGCAAACGAAUCAGCGCGGUGAGCGGUAAGAAGAUCAAGCUCAAGCUCGAGGGGACCAGCGCGAGGACGGACGCGGAAGAUAAGCGGCGGCAGGCGUACCUGCGGAGCCUGAACGCGCACGUCGACAUGUCGCACCUCACCGGACGAUGAUGA